AUGGUCAGAAUAACCGUAUCAUCCCUCCUCAGGACGGCGCUCCGGCCAACCGCCUCUGUUCCUAGGUGCACCGCCAGAUCCUUCUCCUCCCUCCCAACCCUCCGCCCAACCCUUGCACCCACCCCCUCCGCUUUUCGCGCCCCAUCUCAGACCCUUCUGUCCCGGGGACCUAUCCUCCAGCAACAAUCACCUAGCAGUGGGGCCGAAGGAGUCCUCGAUUUGAUCUCUUCCACCUCCAUCUCCUCCAACCCGGCGAUGCAGUCGAUGCAAGUCCGUUGCGGACCCCGCCCAACAAUGGCCAACGCCAGUCGCCUGAUCCAGAAAAGGAGACACGGGUUCUUGAGCAGGAUCAAGACCAAGAACGGGAGGAAGACAAUUGCGAGGAGAAGGGCAGCAGGCAGAAGGAGGUUGAGUGCUUAA